AUGUUAAGCGGUACACUUAUUAUUGCCUGUUUAUUGGUGAUGGUAACAACCAUAGCGCUAGUAGCAGUGCAGAAGGCAUCGUCCAAGACAGGGGUCAAGCAAAAAAGUUAUCAACCAUCUGUCGUAAUCGCAGGUCCUCAAAAUUCUGGUAAAACUAGCUUGUUUACGUUGCUGACCACUGAUUCGGUAAGACCAACUGUUGUUUCUCAAGAACCGUUAUCAGCGGCGAGUUACGAUGGUUCUGGUAUAACUCUGGUGGACUUUCCAGGUCAUGUAAAGUUGCGCUAUAAACUCUCCGAAUACUUGAAAACAAGAGCCAAGUUUGUUAAAGGGUUGAUAUUUAUGGUGGAUUCCACAAUUGAUCCUAAGAAAUUAACCACAACCGCUGGGUUCUUGGUAGACGUAUUAUCAAUCACUGAAUCUAGCUGCGAGAACGGUAUUGAUAUCUUGAUUGCAUGCAAUAAAAGCGAAUCGUUCACUGCAAGACCACCAUCAAAGAUCAAAGAUGCUUUAGAAAAUGAAAUUCAAAAGGUUAUUGAAAGAAGAAAAAAAUCGUUGAACGAAGUUGAAAGAAAAAUUAAUGAAGAAGAUGAUGCAGAGAACGGUCUUGACAUUUUGCAGUCAGCCAACGGGUUCAAGUUCGCAAAUUUGGAGGGAUCUGUAGUUGCCUUUGAGGGCAGUGUUAAUAAGAGAAAAAUUUCCAAAUGGCGCGAAUGGAUAGAUGAGAGACUGUAA